UUAAUUAGAUUAUUUUCAAGAUGGCUAGCAACAACAUCGGAUCUGUAAUAAACUUUUAUCAAAAGAAAGUAAAUUUAGAGAAUGAAAAUAUUACUUAUUCAACUAAAGUAGAGCAAAAUAACGUUAACGAAUCUGUGAAGGCACGAAGCAACAACCUAGUAAAUGAAGGGCGGAAAUUGUUAGAAGCAGCCAGGCAGGAAUAUGAUGAAGCUGUUGUUUUUAAAUAUGACGUGAAAGUUUUUAUUAACGAGAUGGAACGCUAUACAGCGUUAUGGAAUACCUCUGCGCGGUCUCAUCAUGACCAAGACAGUUAUCCAAAAAAUUUAAUAAGCCAGUUGAAUUCCUCAAAAGUCAGUGAAAAAUCUUCGGGAAAACCUGAAAAGGUGCAUUGUGAAACGUUCAAAAAUGACGAAAUAUGGGGCAGCAUACCACACUUUGUCAAAAUGCAAAUAUUUGGCACAACUACAGUUUAUUCGAGAAAAUUUAAUAAACAAGGAAACAUGUAGUAAUGUUAUGAGCUCACCACCGCCAGUUGAUAUGUUUUCUAGUCCCGAAAUUAUGGAACGCCAAGGCUGUUUAUACGAUGAUUUGAUUCGGUCAUAAAACACUAUUUGUCGCUAUUGUAUUCGAUCUUGUUAUAAAUUUAUUCGAUUAUGCGCUAAAUUCAUUCGAUUAUGUGCUAUGUUCAUUCGAUUAUGCGCUAAAUUCGAUUAUGCGAUGAAUUCAUUCGAUUAUGCGAUGAAUUCAUUCGAUUAUGCGAUAAAUUCAUUCGAUUGUGCGCUGUUUGCAUGUCAUAAAUUAUUCGAUGCGCUGAAUUCAUGCGCUAAAUUAUUCAAUGCGCUGAAUUCAUGCGCUAAAUUAUUCAAUGCGCUGAAUUCAUGCGCUAAAUUAUUUGAUGCGCUGUUUGUAUGCGCUAAAUUAUUCCAUGCACUGAAUUCAUGCGCUAAAUUAUUCGAUAGUUUUGGCGCCUCAAUCAAAAUUAAAAUUAAAAAAUGGUAGCCUCUGAAUUUCUUAGAAAAUUAACAAUUUCGCGGUAACACUUUACCGUAGUGUUACGAUUAAGCGUCAGUCUAAUCUUGCAAAGUACAUUGAAAAUUUCUGAAGAAACUAUGGAAUAUUUAUUCUCCUAUAAUAUAAAAAAAUGAAUAAAACAAUAAGAGCUAAAAUAUCAAAAAUAUUCUCUCUGAAUAAAACAAAAAUUAAGUGUCCUUUUGGAAAGGGACACCGUAAACAAAACGAAGUUUACAAGUAAACAACUACCAAUUACAAAAUAAGUUUUGAAUCAGUGAAAAGGUAACGAAAGAAAGCAUAAAUGUUUGCAUUUAAUCUCAAGAGUUAAUUCCUAAUAGGCAUAAAUAAUAAAACUGUCGACGACUUUUAAAUUUGUCUAAAAAAUCAACUAGAAAAGGCGAAGUCAUAUAAACAAAACAGAGUGUUUUCGUCUGGAAGGGAAAUAGCAUUACUUUCCAUUGGUAAUUGCAAUUGAUUAAUGCAAGUGUUAUUUGUUGGAAGAAAUUAGGAAACUCUUGUGUCACAGUGCUCAGAAUUGAAUCAAACUCUCCAUUAGACAUUUCUGCAAAGUUAUGCUUUUUAAGUCCAUACUCUUCUAUUCUUCUAUAAAUUGUUUUCUCUGAAACGCAUUAGAUAUUGCUGAUCUCCGAAAUAAGACAGCCGUUAUCGAGUAGGUUUUGUAGGACUUCUUCAGGUAUUAGGAAUUUUGGAGCUCCUCCAUUUUCCCACUUUAACUUUUGUGGUUUAAUUCCACCAAAGCUGCAAAAUUUAACCCUCAAGUUCAUUAUAACUCCAUUAUCUGUUACACCUAAGAUGCUUUAGAGAAAACUACCAAAGUUUUCUCUAAAGCAUUUCGAAAUCAGCGGUUAUAUUUUCUUCACUAAACUUCAAAAUAAGAUGUUUCAAUCCAGAUUUCUCUAAUAACGCUCGUGUUCUUUCGUCAACCAUAUUAAUUUUGUAAUCCUUGAAUUUUGAUUGAGGCGUCAAAACUAUCGAAUAAUUUAGCGCAUGCAAACAGCGCAUGGAAUAAUUUAGCGCAUGCAAACAGCGCAUCUAAUAAUUUAGAGCAUGCAAACAGCGCAUCGAAUAAUUUAGCGCAUGAAUUCAGCGCAUUGAAUAAUUUAGCGCAUGAAUUCAACGCAUCGAAUAAUUUAGCGCAUGAAUUCAGCGCAUUGAAUAAUUUAGCGCAUGAAUUCAGCGCAUCGAAUAAUUUAGCGCAUGCAAGCAGCGCAUAAUCGAAUGAAUUCAUCGCAUAAACGAAUAAACUUAGCACAUAAUCGAAUGAACUUAGAGCAUAAUCGAAUGAAUUUUUACAAAAUCGAAUGAAUUAUAACAAAAUCGAAUACAAUUAGCAACAAAUAAUGUUUUAUGACCGAAUGAAAUCAUCGAAUUAGGUCGCCUUGGCGUUCCAUACAAAAUGGUUUCAGACUUUUCCGUGGUAGCAUAUUCCCCCGCAAGUGAUGAUACUCAAACUACACGUUCUGCAAAACGCUCAAAUUUGGAAAGUAGUUUUAGCAGUGGUAGUAGUAGUAGUAAAAAAUUGAAGGAACAGACAGCUGCUUAAAUGGACAUGCACGUCCUCAAUACUCUUAAAGAUAUUAGCGAAGAAACGAACACUAUAUCCAGUGGAAAAGUUGCAGAUGAAGAGGAUUGAUGAAGAUAUGCACUUUUGUAAGAGCUUUGUUCCAACACUGAGAAAAUUUGAUUCUCGAAGGAAUAAAUUGGCAAAAGUCAAAAUACAACAGUUGCUUUUCAAACUUGAAUUUGGAGAGACUGUAUAGAGUAAACUUUAUUAUUUUAUCAUAUUUUUGUAUAUACUUUUCAUAUAAAUAUUUCAAACAUCAAA